AUGGCCUCCCUGCCGACCUUCAAAAAACCAUGGACCAACGUGAAGUGGACGGACGAUUGGCCGGACGACGCAUCGGACACGCUGGUGCGGACGGGUCUCACGGACUCAGGUGCUUUGUUGACACAGCACUUUGCCGUUUGGGAACCUGAAAGGCAGAAACAGACCUUGAAGAGAAUCAGAAAAAAGAUCUUGCAAGAACCCACAGAGAAACUGAAUUUGAAGAGCGAGGCCGGCAUUCGUAACACGAUGCUGGUGCUGCGUUUUCUUCAUGAUCUAGAACAACAAUUGGACGCAAUGAAUUCUGGCACCGAGUGGCACGGCGUCCAAUUGACGCUGUUUUUUCGCUGGUUUCUUUCCACUCCUGAAGUCGAGAAGUGGUAA